UCAAGGGAAGAAACCCCGGUUAGAAAACGUAGUGGCGGAGUGGGCCAAAGUGAUGACGAAAAAACUGGUCCAAGAUACAAGGGUCCAACAAACUGUUGCUAAAACUUUGUUUGGUUCUAAGUGGGAAGAGGGUCGGGGAGAAGAAACAAAGAGGAAAGUUCCAUUCUACAAAAAGAUUCCAGGCACAAGAUUCUCUGUGGAUGGAUUUAACUAUGGGUCAAUACCUGGAGUUAAAUAUUCCUUCCUAUCCCACUACCAUUACGAUCACUAUCAAGGAUUGACCCGGCACUGGAGCGGACAGAUCGUCUGUUCCAGCCUCACCAAGCGGAUGGUCGUCAAGUUUCUCCGAGUACAGGAUACACUUGUAUUAACCCUAGAUCCCGGGGAGAGUAGAAUCUUUGAUGGAGUCGAGGUGACAAGUGUUGAUGCAAACCAUUGUCCUGGAUCUCUGAUGUUUGUAUUUAGAUUAACAACAGGUUCUACCAUUCUUCAUACUGGCGACUUCAGAGCAUCACCCGACAUGGAGUCAGAUCCAGUAUUCUGGAAUCAUAGAAAUAUAGACACCGUGUACCUGGAUACAACAUACUGUAAACCUGAAUAUGAUUUUCCUCCUCAGCAUCUUGUUAUAGAGCACUCUAUUCUUCAGAUUGAAGAUGUGAUGAGUAAGUACAAUACAGUGGCUGUUCUGGUUGGAGCUUACACAAUAGGGAAGGAGAGAAUAUUUAAAGGUAUUAAUUUAGGUUUAGACCCUGAAUGUAGUUUAGCUAAAAUAAAAGCUAAGACACGAGGACGGAUUAGUUUAUUAGAGGUUCCAUACUCCGAGCACUCCAGCUACUCAGAACUCAAAAGAUUUAUCCAGUUUCUUCGGAUAAAAUCAACACGACAGAUAAUACCUACAGUAAACCUUCGAGAUAGGGGCAGGAUGAAUGGGUUUUUCGAGGAUUGGAUUAAAGAGGCGUCAAUGCGGCCCAGCAGUCUUAAAGGAUCUUCUUAGACCACAGUUAUUCUUAUCUCAAUUUCUAUUAAUGAUCAAACAUUCAAGCUUUAAUUACAAAAAGACUGAAAAUUACCGAUACUUCUCUCACAGAAGUAAAAUAUUAUGGUAAGGGAAGCCUUGUAGAGUUAACAGCGUACACUGCAUGUACUGUAUUACAGUGUACAUAUAAAUACUGUUGUAACCUUACUUAUUUGUAAUAACAGCUGUAACAAUUCAAAUAUAUAUUUAAUUUUA